GUCCAAGUCUUGUAAUUAAUAUUUUAUAUUAAAAUACCUACAAAUUAACGGACUUACAUGAUGGCUGCAGCUACAAGUGCUGCGCAAAUAACGACGCAAAAGCACAGCGACUGCUUAUCCUAUCUGCAGUCCCUAGGCGAUGCCACGCCCACUGAAGUAAUAACAAAGCUAGCCGGCCAAAUAAACGAGGAGGCUUGUAAGGCGGAGAUUGAUCAAGCUGCUUUGAACGUUAACUUUCGCGUUUAUUAUCAUAUUGUGCAAAAAUAUGAAGUUAUCGAUGCACACUUUGCAGAACUAUCAAAGCAACUAUCCUGGCAGAAGCCAGAGGGCUAUCAAAUGCUUCAGUCUGUGCUACUAACUAACCAUUGGAAGCAAUUGAAUGCUGAAUUAAUUGAAAGAAACUGCAUAGCUGGUAUAAUUGCAGCGUUGGAGCAUAAUAGCUUAAGUUUGCUGCAUCAAUUGAAGGCGCUCAAUUUGUUGGUGAAAAAGUUUCCCAAACUACAGCUGCUUGAGCUGCAACUGGAGCAUUUCUAUCAUUGCCUACAGCGUCAAAGUCAGGUGGGCACGCGUGAGGAAACGCUGACACUCUUCAAUCACACCUGCAAGCAGCGGGAACGUGCCUUGCGCUACUCUUGCCACAUUGUGAAAUUUUGGCCAUGGACUAAUCGCAAUAAGUACUAUCUAUUAAGCGGCAUACUCAACUCCCAUUCACUGGCGGAUCUGCUAGAGGCUAGCUCAUAUAGCGAACAGGAGUUUAUGUCGGGUCUGCGUUUAAGCCUAAGCUAUAAGGGAUUGCGUGCAGCCAGCCAGUAUCCCAUCAAGAGUCUAAGCAAUCAGCAGUCUACAUCACUAUUGGAGCUGGCGGUGGAGCUAUUGCUCAAUGGCACCAUUGCAGAGAUACAAAACUUCUACUCGCAGUGGUUUCUGCGCAUACAACAACGCGAUAAGUUGUUUCAGCUUUUGCAAACCAAGCCGGAGAUUAUGGAGUUUCUAGCGAGUACAGAGAGUACAUUAUCAACCAGCGCGCAGUUGCGGCUUAUACUUAUAUUCAGCAUGUUUGCUAAAGAAAUUUAUGUGGUUUCCAAAUUGCAUUUCUUUAAAAUCAGCACUGAGCUGCUUACCAAUUGCAGCAGCUUUGCAACGGACUCUCAGCUGCUUGUCUUCAAAUUUCUAGUGGACAAUUUGUCAUACUUUGCUGUUGAGGACUGCCUGGAUUUUUUCUACAAUUUUAUUGAGCGUCAUCGUGGAGUUGAGAGCUCAGAAUUUCGGAAUACAAUGCUGGGCAAGCUGCCGAAUAUUAUAAACCACACUGCGAAGCAUUUUGACAAAGCGUUAAAAGCGAAUAGCUCUGCCCUAGGUGCAGAUAUAAAACGCUUUUUUGGCCAGCUGCAGCAGCUCAUCGAACAGGACCUACAAAGCGUGGUCUAUCAGCCAAGAAUCUUUGCACUAAAGCUGCUCGAUAUCCUGCACAAUUCCUUGUAUAGUGCGCGCAUUUCCAAGAAUGCUAAAAUGUGCAGUAUGCAACAAAAUCAACAACUCGGUGGCUUUUUGCUACAGCAAGGUGUCUAUCAGCAGCAGGAGUUGGCGCAGAAACUUUUCAACUCUCUUAAUGAGCCUCAAGGCUUUGAUGAUGCACUGGAGCUUACGGUAGUGCUGCUGCUCCAAUUAAACCAAGUGGAUAACAAGCAAUGCAUAGAACGCUGUCAAGCGCUUUGCGCCAGCUCGGAUGUUGAUGAGUGUGCUCUGGUUACGCUAUAUGCGCAGUUAACAGUAAGCAGUUUCGCCAAACCGGAAACAGCUCAGGAGGUCUAUGAAGUGAGCCUGGCACACUUAAAUACCAAAGUGUCUUCUUUUGAGCAGGAUGCACUGAGAACAGUCAAAGGCGGUCAACUCUUUGGACACUUGUGCAUGAUCGAUGCGCUCAUCAGCAGCAACCAACGCGAGUUUAAGUUUUGCCAUAAGCAGCUGCUUAUGUUGCUCGAGCGCAUUCUCAAAAUUAUACUACAUUUACUUAAUUUGGCUAAUGUAAGACGCAAUAUGCCCACGGCAGCUGCAAGUUUCCAAGAUAUGGACGAGAGUCUGCACUUGCUUAUAGCAGAGAGUGCAUAUGAGGCUACCGAGGCGGAAAGCCCAGAGACGCUACGUAAAUACUUGCUCAUGAGUUUUUGGCUCAGCUUAAAGGCCUGUUGCGACUUGGCCACCAGCGUUGGCUGCGCUUUGCUUGCGCAACAAGACGACUAUGAUGCACUGCAGCGUUGUUUGGACAUUCAAGUGGCCGUGCUAACACGCUGUCGUCACAAAGGCGCCAUUGAAGCAGCUGGGCUGAGCAUAGGCAAACUGACACGCGCUAUUAGCAGCCAGGACAGCUUUAAGUGUGGUUUUGAAUUGCUAUACAAUUGCUUGGAGCGCGAGCUGCUCAGCGACAAGUGUCAAGUGAGCACAACGCGACGUGGCGCAGGAUUCUCCAUUAUGUUUUUGCAUGUGCUGAAGAAUGAUAACCCGCGUCAGAGAUUAUUGUUGCACAAAUGCGUGAAAAAUAUAUUGGAACGCCUGCAACAAAGUUACAACAACGUGGAAAGCACAGACAGCAGCAAUGUAGAUCGCUGGGAAGCCUUGGCGCUGCACUAUCUUUGCGUGCUGGUGCGCGAUACGGAACUGCGGCCUGCCAUGUGUGUCUAUUACAAUGAUAUCAUGUUGAGGGCUAUGGAGCAUAUUGAGCACAAGGAGUGGACUAUAGCUAAUGCAGCCUUGCAACUAUUUGGUGCCUGUCUAGGCAAGCUUGUAGGUCAGCGCCAAGCCACCGAGUUUGAUACUAAGCUCGCUUGGGAACCCAGUGAGCUUGACUAUGAGCAGCUAACGGCUCUACUGCCCAAAACCUGCGAACAUAUGCUAAACUGCUGUGAGACUCAGCAACAAAACUCCUCACUAAUACUCUUCCUGGCUUUUCUCUCAAAGGUGGAGUACUUAUGUACCACCCGCCAGGCGCAACGCUCUACGCCACUACUGCAUCGCUUUCGUCGGCUUAGUUGGCAUCUGCUGCGGCACAAUGGUGAGCAAGUGCGUCUACUCGCUGCCAGCUGUUUCGUGCGCGCGCAUGAAUUUCGAUGUGAACUGCCAGCGGUGCUGAUAUCCAGCGCCAAACUAAGCACGCAACUUGAAGAGGAUAACUUUUAUGAGGGACUACUAUACACUUUGCAUGCGGGCGUGCUCAAGUUACAGCAUGAGGCGCGUCAUGUGUGGACAGUCGCGCAACUGAAGCACUAUCAACAAAGGCUGCUGGCGGCCUUACAAAUAACCAAACAAUUGACAAGGUUUCAUAGCUACACAUUAAAUGUACUGCUGCAAUUGCUUGAGCUCUUGGAUGGGGAUGAGCAGGCGCAGUUGGUGCGCCAGAUACUAGACAAACGUAGACAACAAGCAAUUAGCUAAGCACAUAAGAUAUCUUAUCUA